CGCCCUGCCCCCUGGAGCCGUGGCCGCUCGGCCUCGGGCGCGGCGCUUCCUCCGCGGUCCCCUCCCGGCCGUGCCUCCGCAGCCGCUGGCUGUACCUGCCGCAGCGCGGCUGGCUUCUCCGCACCGCACGCGGGCGCGCCUGCCGAGAAGGGCCGCUGCCGCCGCCGCCGAUACUUUCUCUGCUGCAAGAAUGUAAGAUGGAUCCAGAAGAGCAAGAACUAUCCACUGAUUACCGAUACAGAAAUUACUCUUCGGUGAUUGAAAAGGCUUUAAGAAAUUUUGAGUCCUCGACUGAGUGGGCCGAUCUCAUAUCUUCGCUGGGCAAGCUCAACAAGGCUCUUCAGAGUAACCUGAGGUAUUCCUUGUUGCCAAGACGGCUUGUUAUCAGCAAGAGAUUAGCCCAGUGCCUGCAUCCUGCUUUGCCCAGCGGUGUGCACUUAAAAGCCCUCGAAACUUAUGAGAUUGUCUUCAAGAUUGUGGGGACCAAAUGGCUGGCCAAGGAUUUGUUCUUGUACAGCUGUGGGUUGUUUCCUCUUCUGGCGAACGCAGCCAUGUCGGUGAGGCCCGUGCUGCUUGGCCUGUAUGAGAAGUACUUUCUCCCGCUGCAGAAGCUGCUCCUGCCCAGUCUCCAGGCCUUCAUCGUGGGCCUGCUGCCCGGCCUCGAGGAGGGCUCGGAGAUCUACGACAGAACAGACGCUCUGCUCCUGAGGCUGUCCUUGGUGGUUGGCAAAGAGGUGUUUUACUCUGCCCUUUGGGGGAGCGUCCUGGUGAGCCCGUCCAUCCGCCUUCCUGCCUCGCUUUUUGUGGUGGGCCACAUCAGCAGGGACUCGCCCGGCAGGGAGCAGAAGUACAUGCUGGGCACGGAUUACCAGCUCACGGUAAAGUCUUUGUGCGCGUCACUGUUGGACUCAAAUGUUCUGGUGCAAAGAAAUAAUCUGGAAAUUGUUCUCUUCUUCUUCCCAUUUUAUACCUGUCUGGACUCCAGUGAGAGAGCCAUCCCCUUGCCCAGAUCCGACAUCGUGCACAUCCUGUCUGCUGCCACCCAGACUCUGCUGAGAAGAGAUAUGUCUCUGAACAGGAGGCUGUAUGCGUGGUUACUAGGUUCAGAUAUUAAAGGAAAUACUGUUGUGCCAGAAUCUGAAAUCUCAAAUUCUUACGAAGACCCGUCCUUGUAUUUUUUUGAAAAAUACUCCAAGGAUCUUUUGGUUGAGGGUCUGGCUGAGAUACUGCACCAGAAGUUCUCCGAUGGGGACGCAGACGACCGCCAUCACGCCUACCUGAAGCCAUUCCGCAUCCUCGUCAGUCUGCUUGACAAGCCGGAAAUAGGGCCUCCGGUGGUUGGGAAUUUGUUUCUGGAAGUCAUCCGUGCGUUUUAUUCUUACUGCAGAGAUGCUCUCGGCUCCAACCUUAAACUUAGCUACACGCAGAGUGGAAAUUCACUGAUAAGUACAAUAAAAGAAAAUAGAAAUGCUUCUGAGAUUGUUAAAACGGUGAAUUUGCUGAUCACUUCCCUAAGCACAGACUUUCUCUGGGAUUACAUGAUGAGGUGUUUUGAGGAUUGCUUUAGACCAGCGAAGAAGAGUUACACUGUCGGGAGAAGCAUCAGCCCUCCGCCCACCGUCUCGGAGCUCUGCACCCUCCUCGUGUUCCUUCUCGACGUCAUUCCCUUGGAACUUUACUCAGAGGUGCAAACCCAGUACCUGCCGCAGGUGCUUGGCUGCCUGGUGCGGCCUCUGGCUGAGGAAGUGGAGACUUUAAGCUUGCCCGAACUCACGCAUGCCUUGAAGACGUGUUUCAAAGUGCUCAGCAAAGUCCAGAUGCCGCCCUCCUACGUCGACACGGAGUCCACAAGUGGAAGCUCGAGUCCAGUGAAAGGUGAAAACGGUCAUGUAAUUAUGGACACAAAGAUCGUGAUUCCGGGUGAUGAAGAUGCUUCGUUUCCCCCCCUUAAAUCUGAAGACAGCGGGAUCGGGCUCAGUGCCUCGUCGCCAGAGCUCUCUGAGCACUUGCGGGUCCCCAGGGUUUCUCCUGAAAAAGACGAUGUUUGGAAGAAGGAUGGGAGUAUGCAGAGGGCAUUUCUUUCCAUCCAAGAGCUAAUUGCCAACUUUGCCCACAAGAACAUUUUUGGAGUGCAGUUAACAGCGUCCGGAGAAGAAAACAAGUCUGAAGAGCCCGCAGGCCAGAGGGAUGAGGGCGGGGCGGCGAGCGAGUCCGGUGGGAAGAGCUUGUGGGAGGCCAAGCCCAUCAGUGUGCCCCAGUUUAAGCAGAUGCUCUCAGACCUGUUCACGGUUCGAGGGUCCCCGUUUAAGACAAGGAACGUGGAGUCGCCAUCACCUUUGCGCAGUAGCCGUGGCCGAAUGAAAGAGGGAGAAUGGGCUGUGGACCAGGUGGUCGUUGACCUGGGCAGCUCACGGGAGGGCUGCAGGGAGACCUUCGCUGCCGCCUGCCACCUGCUGCUGGACUGCACCACCUUCCCCGUCUACCUGUCCCAGGAGGAGACGGAGCGGCUCUGCGAAACGCUCUUCCAGCCUCCAGGAGCCGGCGAUUCCAGUUUUCCAUCUUGGCUGAAAUCCCUUAUGACCAUUUGCUGCUGUGUGACUGACUGCUACCUCCAGAACGUGGCCAUCUCUACUCUGCUGGAAGUGAUAAACCAUUCCCAGUCCCUGGCACUUGUCAUUGAAGACAAGAUGAAACGCUAUAAAAGCUCUGGACACAACCCAUUUUUUGGCAAGCUGCAGAUGGUGACAGUUCCUCCCAUUGCUCCAGGAAUAUUGAAAGUUGUUGCAGAGAAAACAGACUUCUAUCAGAGGGUGGCUCGUGUGCUUUGGAAUCAGCUGAACAAGGAGACCCGGGAACAUCAUGUCACCUGUGUAGAGUUGUUCUAUCGGCUACACUGCCUGGCCCCGACAGCCAACAUCUGCGAGGACAUCAUCUGCCACGCCCUCCUGGACCCUGACAAGGGAACGAGACUGGAAGCUCUGUUUAGAUUCUCCGUCAUCUGGCACCUGACGAGAGAGAUCCAGGGCAGUCGAGUGACAUCUCACAACCGCUCCUUUGACCGGUCCCUGUUCGUCGUGCUGGACAGCCUGACCUGCACGGACGGCGCCAUUGGCGCUGCAGCCCAGGGCUGGCUGGUGCGGGCACUCUCCCUCGGCGACGUGGCGCGCAUCCUGGAACCUGUGCUUCUGCUCCUGCUCCAGCCCAAAACCCAGAGGACCUCCAUCCACUGCCUCAAGCAGGAGAACUCACCAGAAGACUUGCAUCGUUGGUUUAACAGAAAGAAAACCUCUUUCAAAGGGGCAAAUGGAGUGCCUGAGCUCCAGGAAGGCGGCUCUGAAGAGAGCGCACCUCUGAGCCAGUUCACCACCGUGGACCGCGAGGCCAUUUGGGCCGAGGUGGAGAAGGAACCGGAGAAGUGCCCACCGGGAAGCGAGCUGAGCGAAGAUGACCUUCCUUACUACGUGGACCUUCCCGACAAGAUGGCCUGUGGCGCUCCAGACAGCAGUGAGCACACCGAGUCUGCAGACACGAGCUCUGCCCACACGGACAGCGAGAACACAUCCUCAUUUUCCUCCCCUUCCCAUGACCCGCAGGAGCAGAGCAAUGAAGAGAACUGCUGUGCACCCAUCCCCAUGGGAGGCAGAGUUUACCCCAAGCGCUCUGCCUUCCUGGCAGCCUUCCAGGCAGAAAGCUUCAAGUCCAGUGCCAAAUUAAACCUGACACGUGUGGACUCAGACAGAACCCAGGCUUCAGAGUCAUUCUCCAGUGACGAGGAAGCUGACCUGGAGCUCCAGGCCCUCACCACGUCCAGGCUGCUGAAGCAGCAGCGGGAAAAGCAGGAGAAGAUCGAGGCCUUGUUUAAGCACAUUCUGCUCUACCUGCAGCCCUACGACUCCCGGCGAGUCCUUUAUGCCUUCUCAGUGUUAGAGGCCGUGCUCAAAACCAACCCCAAGGAAUUUAUCGAGGCUGUGUCUAGGACCAGCAUGGACACCAGCUCCACCGCACACCUCAACCUCAUCUCCAACCUUCUUGCUCGCCACCAGGAGGCCCUCGUUGGCCAGAGUUUCUACGGAAAACUCCGGACCCAGUCUCCCAACGUGUGCCCCCACUCUCUGCUCAUCGAGCUGCUCACCUACCUGUGCCUGAGUUUCCUGCGCAGCUAUUAUCCGUGUUACUUGAAGGUCUCCCACCGGGACAUCCUGGGCAACCGGGAUGUACAGGUCAAAAGUGUGGAGGUUUUGAUUAGAAUGAUGACGCAGCUGGUCUCGGUGGCCAAGUCUGCUGAAGGGAAGAACGUGGAGUUCAUCCACAGCUUACUGCAGAGGUGCAGAGUUCAGGAGUUUGUCCUGCUUUCGCUAUCAGCAUCCAUGUACACGAGCCAGAAGCGCUAUGGACUGGCCACCGCAGAGCGGGGCCGGGCCCUACGGGAGGACAGCCUCCUGGAGGAGAGUCUCAUCAACUUGGGCCAGGAUCAGAUCUGGAGUGAGCACCCACUGCAGAUCGAGCUGUUGAAGCUACUUCAGGUGCUGAUUGUCUUGGAACACCACCUGGGCCAGGUCCAAGAGGAAGCGGAAAAUCAGCCAGACCUGUCCCGGGAGUGGCAGAGGGCCCUUAACUUCCAGCAGGCCAUCAGCGCCAUGCAGUACGUGCAGCCCCACCCCCUCACCUCCCAGGGGCUGCUGGUGUCCGCUGUGGUGAGAGGCCUGCAGCCAGCCUACGGCUACGGCAUGCACCCAGCCUGGGUGAGCUUGGUCACGCAUUCCCUGCCGUACUUCGGGAAGUCCCUGGGCUGGACAGUGACGCCCUUCAUCGUCCAGAUUUGCAAAAACUUGGACGAGCUGAUCAAGCAGUAUGAAAGUGAAUCUGUGAAGCUCUCUACUAGCAUAACCUCCAAGAGGGAAAACAUUUCUCCGGAUUAUCCACUCACUCUUUUGGAGGGUCUGACAACCAUUAGUCAUUUUUGUCUUUUGGAACAACCCAACCAAAACAAAAAGACCCCUGCCGUACGUGAUCCUACUAAUUUGAAAAAUGCCAAGAAUGCCAUCCUGGAAGAGCUGCCCCGGAUUGUUAACACCAUGGCCCUUCUCUGGAAUGUUCUCAGAAAGGAGGAGACUCAGAAGAGACCCAUUGAUCUCCUUGGAGCCAUGAAGGGAUCCUCUUCCGUUUACUUUAAAACCACCAAAACCAUACGACAAAAAAUCUUGGACUUCUUGAACCCCUUGGCAGCCCAUCUCGGAGAUCAGUUAACGGCCGCCGUUGCAGCAGUAUGGAGCAGAAAGAAGGUGAAAUGUCACAGUAAGAUGAAGAUCAUCCCAGCAGCGAGUGCAUCCCAGCUAACCCUCGUCGACCUGAUUUGUGCGCUCAGCACCCUGCAGACCGAAAGGGUGCUGCAGCUGGUGAAGGAGGUGGUGAAGAGGCCGCCACAAAUUCGAGGGGACGAGAAGUCGCCCCUCGUGGAUAUCCCCGUGCUGCAAUUCUGCUAUGCUUUCAUCCAGAGGCUCCCAGUCACGGCCUUACAAGAGAACUUUCCUUCGUUGUUGGGUGUGUUAAAGGAAUCCGUGCAGUUGAAUCUCGCUCCCCCUGGGUAUUUUCUGCUUCUCAGCAUGCUGAAUGAUUUUGUCACAAGAACCCCCAACCUAGAAAGCAAGAAGGAUCAAAAAGACCUUCAGGAAGUCACUCAGAGAAUCCUGGAAGCUGUGGGGAGCAUUGCUGGCUCUUCCUUGGAACAAACCAGCUGGCUAAGCAGAAACCUGGAAGUGAAGGCCCAGCCUCAGAUCUCUCUGGAGGAAUCUGACGCCGAGGAAGAUUUGUAUGCAGAUGCUGCUGCUGCCACUUCGGCGAUGGUGUCCGCAUCUGCCCCUUCGGUGUACAGUGUGCAAGCCCUCUCUCUCCUGGCAGAGGUUCUGGCAUCUCUCCUGGACAUGGUUUAUCGAAGCGAUGAGAAAGAGAAAGCGGUGCCAUUGGUCUCUCGCCUGCUCUAUUACGUUUUUCCUUACUUACGCAAUCACAGCGCCUACAACGCUCCCAGUUUCCGGGCUGGCGCUCAGCUGCUGAGCUCUCUGAGUGGCUAUGCCUACACAAAACGAGCCUGGAAGAAAGAAGUCCUGGAAUUAUUCUUGGACCCUGCUUUCUUUCAGAUGGACACUUCUUGUGUGCAUUGGAAGUCCAUUAUUGACCAUCUUCUGACUCAUGAGAAAACAAUGUUUAAAGAUUUAAUGAACAUGCAGAGCAGUUCUUUAAAACUGUUCUCAAGUUCUGAGCAGAAAGCCAUGCUGCUAAAGCGCCAGGCUUUUGCUGUCUUCAGUGGAGAACUUGAUCAAUACCACCUUUACCUCCCUCUGAUCCAAGAACGCCUGACAGACAAUCUCAGAGUUGGACAGACACCCAUAGCUGCUGCUCAGAUGUUUCUUUUUUUCAGAGUUUUGCUGCUAAGAAUAUCUGCCCAACAUUUGACUUCAUUGUGGCCAAUAAUGGUCUCUGAAUUAAUUCAGGCAUUCAUACAGCUUGAAGAAGAUCUGAAAGAGGAUGAUGAAUCAUUGAGAAACAGCAACAAAAUAAACAGAGUAAAAGUUUCAGUCGCUGUUGGAAAUGGGCCCUCAGUGUGGGAGAUACCCCAGAGUGAACUCGUCUUGUAUUUAUCAGCUUGCAAAUUCUUGGACACAGCACUUUCUUUUCCGCCUGACAAGAUGCCGUUAUUUCAAAUUUACAGGUGGGCAUUUGUCCCAGAAGUGGACACAGAGGGCCCUGCCCUCCCGUCAGAUCUAGAGGAGAAUCACCAAGAAUGCAAGCCCCACACUGUUAGGAUUCUAGAACUUCUGAAAUUAAAAUAUGGGGAAAUCAGCAGCUCUGAUGAGAUCGCCAUGAAGAGUGAAUUCCCUCUUCUGCGCCAACAUUCUCUUUCCAGCAUGAGGCAGUUGAUGCCAUUCUUCAGGACUCUAAAUUGUGCUUUUAAAACCCAAGGCAAACUGCCUGCUGACACUCAGGGACCUCCAGCCUUAGAGUUUCCUGUCCCAGAUAGCCCAAGGGUCUUCAAACAACUGGAAGAAUGUGUUGAAUAUGACUUUCUGGAACAUCUGGAAUGUUAACCUUGGAAGACAGAAUUUGUUUAAUCCAUUUACUGAUACUUCAGGCUAAAACCAGGAUAUAUUCUCAAGAAGAAAGGAUCCAGGAGCGUGCUUUUAAACAAGUCUAUUUCAAUUCUGAAAGUAGAUUUCACAUAAUUUUCUGUUGGACAACAAAACACACUUCCCUAAAUGCCUUGUAAUAUAUUUGGAUCUGAUUGUUUCUUCCUUGACUUAUGUAAAGAAAAUAAAAUUAAUAUAUCAUCUAAAGGUAGCACAAAAUUUGUACCAUGAAGUAAAGUUUGAAAAUGCCAAUA